AAUUAUAUAGUAUCAUUAUAUACCUACACUUCUCACUCUCUAAAUAACUCUCUCUCAAAUCCUUAAUCUUUAUUUUUUUCUCUAGAAUAUAUGGAACAUUAUUCUGGUCACAUGGAUACAAAGAUUCCCCAUGAAGUGGAGAUCUUUUCUCAUACCCCAAAAUUAUCACAUCAUGAUCAACAAGUUAAAUGUACGAGUUAUGAUAAUGGUGUGAAUUUGACAUGGGAAGACCUAUGGGUGACGGUUCCUGAUGCGAAAAAUGGUGGAAACCGAUCCAUACUUCAAGGCGUCACCGGAUAUGCUAGACCCGGUGAGAUCCUAGCCAUUAUGGGUCCUUCUGGUUCCGGAAAAUCCACCCUACUUGAUGCACUUGCAGGGAGACUAGACUCUAAAACUAGACAGAGUGGUGACAUUCUUGUAAAUGGAAUCAAGAAAACCUUGGCAUAUGGAACAUCGGCUUAUGUAACUCAAGACGACACAUUGAUGACAACUCUUACUGUCCGUGAAAGUGUCUACUAUUCCGCACAGCUCCAGCUACCCGACUUCAUGUCAAAAGCAGAUAAGAAGGAAAGAGCUGAAUCAACCAUAAGAGAAAUGGGCCUUCAAGAUUCCAUGGACACGAGAAUUGGAGGUUGGGGAGCUAAAGGCCUAAGUGGAGGCCAAAAAAGACGUGUUAGCAUCUGCAUUGAGAUCCUAACACGGCCUAACCUUCUUUUCCUUGACGAGCCAACAAGUGGCCUUGAUAGUGCAGCUUCAUACUAUGUGAUGAGUAGAAUCGCAAAGCUUGAUCAACACGAAGGACGGACGAUCAUUGCAUCCAUUCACCAACCUUGUAGUGAAGUGUUUGAGCUUUUUCAUAACCUUUGCCUUCUUUCUUCUGGAAGAACUAUUUAUUUCGGGCCCACAAGAUCUGCAAAUGAAUUUUUUGCUAUAAAUGGCUUCCCUUGCCCGAGUUUCCAGAAUCCGUCUGAUCACUUUCUUAGAACAAUAAACAAGGAUUUUGAUGAGGAUAUCGAACAAGGGUACACGGAAAGGAAACAUACCGAGGAAGUCAUUGAUACCUUAAUCGAUUCAUACAAGUCAUCAGCAAUUUUCCAAGAAGUUAACAACAGAGUUUCUGAAAUAUGCAAAAAGGUAUCUCAGGGAGAUGAAACACUUGAAGAAAAGAAAAAUCAUGCUAGUUUCUCAACUCAAAGUCUUGUACUCACAAAACGCUCUCUAAUCAAUAUGAAUCGAGAUCUUGGGUACUACUGGUUGCGCCUCGGUAUUUAUAUAGUACUUUCCUUAGGCCUUGGAACCAUCUUCUAUGAUGUUGGCUCAACUUACAGUUCUAUUCAGGCUAGAAGUUCAAUGCUGAUGUUUGUGGUGUCAUUCUUAACAUUCAUGACCAUUGGCGGAUUUCCCUCAUUUGUGGAAGACAUGAAGGUGUUCGAACGUGAAAGAUUAAAUGGACAUUACUCAACUGGCUCAUUCGUUAUAGCCAACACGAUAUCUUCAACACCAUUCUUGUUACUAGUAUCCGUGAUUCCUGGAUCACUAGCAUAUUACCUCACAGGACUUCAUACAGGACUUGAUCACUUUGCAUACUACACUUCCAUACUCUUUUCCAGUAUGUUACUUGUCGAAAGCCUAAUGAUGAUCGUCGCCAAUAUGGUUCCCAAUUAUUUAAUGGGAAUCAUAAUCGGCGCAGGGAUCCAAGGCUUUCUAUUGUUAGAUGGUGGAUUCUUUCGCUUACCAAAGGAUUUACCAAAUCCUUUUUGGAAGUACCCGUUGUUUUACGUUGGAUUUCACAAGUAUGCUUAUCAAGGUUUGUUCAAGAACGAGUUUCAAGGAGCGAACUAUGUUUAUAACGACGCAGGAGUGCAAAAAAUCAUGGAUGGAGCGUAUAUAUUAAGAGAGCAAUGGCAAGUUGAAAUGGGUUACUCAAAGUGGAUUAAUUUGGUGAUCAUACUAGGGAUGGUGGUAAUCUAUAGGGCUUUGUUUUGGGUUAUAAUUAUGAUUGUGGAGAAAGUUAAGUCUGGUUUAUUAAGAGGCUUGAUGUUCUCUUUUCCAAAGAAGCAGAAAGUUCAAGUGAUGGCAAAUCAUCUAGCCACGCCUUCGCAUUAAUGAAGUAUUUCUUCAGGGGAUUAAUGUAUGUCUAUAUAUGUGUUUUAGCAGCGUUUUAAACAAAUAAUAAAUCGUUAAAAACAUAUGUAAUUAAGGUUAUUCAGUUUUCUAGCUUAAUUGUGUCUAGGUUAUUGAAUGUGGUUGUUAUGUAUUUGAAUGAUUUUAGUGAUAUAAGAAUGGUUAUUACUUACCACUCAA